AUGAAGAAGCCGCGAAUCAAGUUGAAAUUAUUCGGCUCCUCGCUGUCGGGCAAAACAGCGCUCUCGUCUUCCCUCCGCUCUGGCUUCAUCGCCGGCUACUUUAAGCGCAAAAUGAAAGCAAUCAGUCAUAUGGCUGAUUGGCUUACCGAUGGAGGUCAGUUGUCGAACUCUGCUUAUUGGAUACCUUGUAAAAUCAAUGAAUUUGCUUUAAAAACGACCUUCUUUCUUUGCGAACUAUGUAUUAAUAUGUCCAAUAUUCUCUUUGUUCUGACUACUUGUCUGAAGGUGAUUGAUAGAAUAUGUAGCUCAAAUGAUAUGAUCGUACUCAAGAACAUAAUUAUGUCACCUUUUAAACGUUCUGCACACUCGAAAUGUACAGACAUGAUUGUGAUCAUGUGA